UCAGUAGUUCCUUCCUUCAUUCAUUCAUUCAUUCAGUCGCUGAAACGGAGUGACGCGAAGCGGAAGGAGAAACAUGGCCGUGGCUUCGCUUAGAAGAAGCGUUUUGUCUUUGAACAGGACUCUAAGAGGCUCUUGGUGCCAAGCCCCAGACUUAAGGCCUGUAUGUGUAUCAGCCUGCCAGAGAACCCCCGAGAGAUCCUCUGUUCAUGCCCGCAACACCUUCAAGGUCACAAUGGUGCCAGGGGAUGGAGUGGGUCCUGAGCUCAUGAGAGCUGUCAGGGAGGUCUUCAAGGCAGCAGAUGUACCUGUGGAGUUUGAGGAAAUCCACAUCAGCGAGGUUCACAAUAUGGCUAGUGAGGAGAAGCUGGACCAGCUAUUUACAUCAGUGAGGAAUAAUGGAGUGGCUAUCAAAGGGAAAAUCAACAACCCAAUGGCAUACAAGGGAGAUCUAGCCUCUUAUGAGAUGAAACUGAGGCGAAAACUGGAUCUCUUUGCCAAUGUGGUCCAUGUGACCAGCCUGCCUGGAUAUAGCACUCGCCACAACAGUUUGGACCUUGUCAUCAUCCGUGAGCAAACUGAGGGUGAAUACAGUUCCCUGGAGCAUGAGAGUGUGAAGGGUGUUAUCGAGUCUCUUAAGAUCAUCACAAGGGAGAAAUCUCACAGAAUAGCCAAGUUUGCGUUUGACUACGCAACUAAGAAGGGCCGCAGCAAAGUCACAGCUGUGCACAAGGCCAACAUCAUGAAGUUGGGGGACGGUCUCUUUCUACAGAGCUGUGCUGAGGUGGCGAAGCUCUACCCCAAAAUCAAGUUUGAGAACAUCAUUAUUGACAACUGCUGCAUGCAGCUGGUACGGAACCCAUACCAGUUUGAUGUACUGGUGAUGCCCAACCUCUAUGGCAAUAUCAUUGACAACCUGGCAGCUGGGCUGGUGGGCGGCGCUGGUGUGGUGCCAGGGGAGAGCUACAGUGAUGAGUAUGCUGUCUUUGAGACGGGGGCACGACACCCCUUUGCACAGGCUGUGGGUCGGAAUAUUGCUAACCCCACCGCCAUGCUGCUGAGCGCUGCAAACAUGCUGAGGCAUCUCAACUUGGACUACCACUCCAACAUGGUUUCUGAGGCUGUCAAGAGAGUCAUCAAACAGGGCAAGGUGCGGACAAAGGACCUCGGGGGUUAUUGCACCACGGAAGAUUUUGUAAGAGCUGUUGUCAACAACUUGGGUCACCAAUCUGUGUAUUAAGAAGCCCUCUCCUUGUCAACUGCUCUAUAGUUUUGUGGCUUUGCUGCAGGCUUUACCUACAUGUAGUCAUCUAUUGUGUGUUAGACCUUCUCAAUGGGCAAAUAAGGAACAACAAGAGGGAAGCUGGCACAUCCUCCUGGAAUUCACCACCCAUGGCAUCCAUAUGAGUGGUCAGUUGAUGUUGUACUUCAAAUCUGAAACCACCAUUCAAAGUGUUGGAUAUAGGUUACACCUUGACAGGGUGUCUUCUAGUCCACGCUUCUGACCUUUUGAGUCUUACUAUUGAAUUGCUGUCCUGAACUACAGUUAAGUACAUUUUGUCAGUGGGGUCUUUUUUGGCAUGGAAAAACUGCUUGGCUGCUAAACUGCUUCCUCUGGGACAGUGGGAUGCUCAGCUUCAGUGUAGUGCUGAUGUAAAACAGCACUCCUUUAAUGAAUGUAAAAACUGGAUAACACAUUGAACCUUGAAACCUUUCUCUUGUCUGCCAAUGAACACACACACACACACACACACACCACACAGUGAAGAGAGGACCACUAGCAAAAUUGUGGCAUGAUUUACAUGUAUGUAAAUGUAUUCAAUAAAAACUUUCAUAAA